UGGCGGUAGAUUCGCAGCUAAGCUCGCGCAUCUAGUGGAGAUGGAGGUCAAACAUAGAUGCAACCAGGUAUUAGAGCUUGGUUUUCCACUUGGUGGACUUGCAAAGCUAUUUGCUCAGGAGUGGGAAGGUGAUGUAACAGUUGUAAUGCCUGCUACUCUUGCUCAGUACUCGAAGAUUAUACAAAACCCGACUCAUGUCGAUCUUCAGAAAGCGGCUAACCAAGGAAGAAGGUGCACUUGGGAGAAGCUUUCAGCCAUAAAAUCAAACUGCGGGAUCGAGCUUGCUCUUGAUGAUUCAGUGGCUAUACUGAACCAUAUGCGUAGGCUUAAGAAAAGCGCCGAGAGAGCCGCCAGUGCCACGUCAUCGUCUCAUCACGGAUUAGCUUCAACCACCAGAUUCAAUGCUUCUAGAAGAAUC